AUGGCCCCUACUGCUAUUGCUGACCUGGUCAAUCACGACCACAACGCAGAUUCGAGGGAGCAUACGGAUGUUUUGAAAACCAUCGAUCCGCAUUUUGCGAUCGAGGAACAUCCCAUCGAUGAGUAUGAACCUAUCCGAGCUAUAGUCGUCGGAGGCGGCAUAAGUGGAAUUAUCGCCAGCAUAUUGCUGCCGGCGAAAGUUCCCAAUCUAGACCUGGUCGUCUACGAGAGAAACUCAGAUAUUGGAGGUGUUUGGCACACCAAUAUUUACCCAGGCGUGCGAUGCGAUGUUCCGGCCCACGCUUACCAGGCAACAUUCGCCCCCUCAACGACAUGGACGGAGGCGUACGCGACUGGGCCUGAGAUAUUUGCCUACUGGAAACGCAUCGCAGAUCAGUAUGAGGUGCGCAAGUACAUCCGUACCUGCCAUACCGUGACCUCAGCAGAAUGGUCCGAAGAGAAGGCGAAGUGGAUUGUUAAGAUUCAUUCAGAUGAAGGAGAAUUUGUUGACGAGGCCAACUUCUUGAUUACUGCCACAGGCCAUUUUAGCGACCCGAAGCUCCCAGAUUAUCCGGGCAUCAAGGACUUCAAGGGGCACCUCAGACAUACCUCAAAUUGGGAUCCAACUUCAACCCGAAAGACAAGCAAAGUCGCAUCGAGAAUCGACCACUAUGCUCGCAACAAGACAUGGGUGGCAGCGCCGAUUGGAGGAGAGGAUCUUGCAGACUUUGUCGCCGAUAACAUCGAAGACGCGCGAUUGAGCCCAGAGAAGUACUUGAGAUUUCGAAAAGCUCUGGAAGCAAAGCUCUUUAGUCGCUUUGGUGGCAUUUUCAAAGAUGGACCGCAAAACGCAGCUGCCGAAGAGUCUAUCCGCAAGCUGAUGAAGGCUCGCCUUUCCGGAAGCGAUGAGCUAGCAGAAGAGAUCAUUCCUGAAUUUUCCGUUGGCUGUCGUCGGCUAACACCAGGACCUGGGUAUCUGGAGGCGCUGACGGCGGACAACGUGAGGUACAUCAGGGACCACAUUGCAGAGCUCACAGAAACAGGUAUCCGAACGGUUGACGGUAGGCCUUUCAGUCCCAGUUAA